CGAGUCGCGGUAUAACGACUACGAGAUACGACGCCAACGCGCCAGCACCGUGCUUUUGUGCUUCGCACUCGUUGUACCAUUGGACCGGACGAACAAAAACUCUUCGAAUUCCGUGUAACAAAGUGUUGUAAUAAUCGUAUAGAACGAUUAAUUAAUAGUGCCGUUACGACACCAUACGAGAUUAUAAUCAACAAGGAUCAUGAGUAAAUCAAAAGAUUCACCAGCCACUGAAGGAGAAACUGAGGAGGAAUUCAGCGUUGAAAAAGUUUUAGACAGACGUGUCGUCAAGGGCAAGGUGGAAUAUUUCCUAAAAUGGAAAGGAUAUUCGAAUGACGAAAACACAUGGGAGCCAGAAGAAAAUCUCGAUUGUCCUGAUCUAAUAGCACAAUUUGAGGAAGCUCGCAAGAAAAAGGAGGCGGCUUCAAGCGGCAAACGUCAUGAAGAAAAAGAACAAAAGAAACGAAAAAGUUCUGGCACACCAACACCGACACAACCUAAGAAGAAGGUUACUGAAGAAAAAAAACCUGAAGGCUUUGACCGAAAUUUGGACCCAGAGCGUAUAAUUGGCGCGACAGAUUCGAGCGGCGAACUGAUGUUUUUGAUGAAGUGGAAGGGAACGGAUGACGCGGAUCUCGUGCCAGCGCGUGUGGCAAACGACAAAUGUCCGCAGAUUGUGAUUCGAUUUUAUGAGGAAAGACUAACCUGGCAUAGCCCGACACAUGACGAGGAAGGUUCCACAAAACCCGAUGCCGAGUAGCCUUGCGCCUUCUGUUUUUACGUACCCGUUGCACAUUUUAUCAUUCGUCACGUCGCGGUCAAAGACUCGAUUAAAACUGAGAUUCCACGUGCGGAGAAGAAAACAUAAGAUUAAUAAAUCACAAAUAAAUUAAUAUCUAAGCGUAAUGUGGUGGAUAUAUAAAUGUUUUUACACGGCACAAGUUGCCCACAAAAUGAAAACAGUGUGAGAGAGAAAGCGAAAGAUUCUGUCAAAUCUGGGACGAUUUUUUUUACGGAUUGCAGAAUAUCACUCUUGAUAGAUGUAAGUUGAUGCAACGAUUGGGGUGAUACAAUCGAUUGAAAAUACAUUAAAUGAGAAAGCAAAAGAAAGAACAAAUCAAUAGAUUUUUUUUCGACUUAAUUCUUUUUUCAAAUCGUUCCAAGUGGUUUUCUAUAAAUUUAGUAGGUGCGAUUGUCAAAUGAGAGAAGAAUGUAAACAUUUUUGAUAGCACUUUGGAAAAUAUUUGGAAAAAAUGAGUUUGGUAAUAUGGGAACUACAUCACAAAUUCAACGCUUUUGGACAAUGGUAAUUUCAGCAUAACCAGUUAUUGAAAAUUCAGCCAACUUGGGCUUGAUCUAACUUGAAAGAGAAUGACAAAUUAGAUGCCCGUUUGUCGGCACCGUCGAAUCUCUUGUUAUCGUUUUGGGAGAAUAAACCAUCGAGUUAAAGAACUAAAUCACCUAUACAUUAGGAUAAUAUGGAAAGAAACUCAUCCUCCAGAUUAAAAGUCAAUCUCAAUCGAUAAAUCGAUCAUUUACAACCAGUUUUUUUUUUUUCAUGUGACGUAUUAAAGCAAAAAGUAUUUUUUUUUCUUUAUUUGUUAUUUACGAUAUUUCUUUUAAUUAUUAUAAUAAUCUGGAGAGAAAAACAAGCAUCUCUUGGAAAUGAUUUUUGGAACAGUAGGGAGAACCAGUUAUUUUUCCUCAACCUGAAUACCAUCGACCAUUCGAAUUUAACGUUUUUUUUCAUUCCUCUGAAAUUUGUCUAAAAGUUGAUCAUAAUCAAUUUUUUUAGUCUACUCAAUUCACGAAAUUGCAAAUUCAGUUAGCAACAUCUACUAAGCCAAAAACGAAAAAACUUUCGAUUGUGUUUCAAAAAAAAAAAUGGAAAAAAUGAAAAUGUGAUUCUGUCAUUUGCAAAAUCCUUUUUUUUUGCUUUUUGUACCUUAUUUCUCAUUGUUGUCAAAAGUUAUAAAUGUAUUGUGAGACAAUUCAUAAUCGCACAAUAAAUGCCAGUGGAAGUUGCCAUGAUUUUGAAUAUUCCAAUGUUGGAGUACAGAGAAAAUCUCUUGAGCUUUGUUCAAUUUUUCCAGCCUUUAUUGAAAACUCUCAAAUGAAAUCCUUCGAGGGGAAAACAAAUUUAAAAUCAGCCUCACAAUCGCAAAUAAAAUUAGAAGAUACGAAAUAAUUACGAAGUUGAGAGAAGCGAGAUUUCGUUGCUUCCCAACGAUCCGAAUUUCAACAUCAUUGUUGACCAAAUAAAUAAAUACAGUGUAAAAUGAGCAGCAUCAUAUAAGUGGAAAGAAAGAAAUACGAAAUUGGUAUUAAUUCUCGAAGAAAAAAUAAUUGUAUCAUAUUCACGAUAUAAACACAUGUAUUUAUGUAUAUUCAAUUAGAAUUUUCGUUUAAAUUUUUUGA